AUGCCGAAGGUCAACACUUAUGCGCCUGCCUGGCUGUGCCGGCCAUCGCCUGGCGCAAAGUUCCUGUCCAGCUCAUCCCAACGACCAGCCGAGGACCUGCAAACAGGACCCAAGCCUAUGAGCAAUGGCACUACACGAACAAUCGCCAGGAGGGGAAACGAGGUCUUCGCUGUGGUGGACAACGAAAUCCGGUGGUCUAAUCUUGCUCGACUCAAAGAUCAAUGGCAACAGCAGGUCAAGCAAAAGAAGGGAUCCGCUGCUCAAGCUGAAGAGCCGACCGACAACACCCAGCCUCCGCCAUAUCGGGUUCUAGCAGUUCCCGUGUACGGACUGAUCAAACAGGUCAUUCCCUCCCCGAACGGCGCCUUCCUCGCGAUAGUCACCGAACACACCGUUCAUAUCUCCGUCCUGCCCGAUUCUUCUCACCUUUCAUCCUCUGACUCCGACUCUAUCCGGUUGAAGACCUACCAGUUAGGCCCGACGACCCAUGUUAUUCCCGAGGCCCCAGUGGUCUCCGCAGUAUGGCACCCGUUGGGGUUGCACAGCAACCUAGGCGGAUGCAUUGUCACUGUAACAGCCGAUGCUGCGGUGCGCGUGUGGGAGUUGGAUCGAAACAACCACUGGUCCUUCGACCAGCCGAGCUUGGCCAUAGAUCUGAAAAAGCUUGUCGAUGGAACCUCUUGCGACCAGGACUUUACUCCUUCAGGAUUUGGCAAAAACAAGGGCUUUUCUGCUGAUGUCAUCGACAUGGAGGUUGCCUCAGCUUGUUUCGCGGGCACUGGGGAUGAGAGAGAAGAUGCAUGGGCACCUAUGACUCUGUGGGUGGCCAUGAGACCUGGCGAUCUCUAUGCGCUAUGCCCUCUUCUGCCCUCCAAGUGGCAAGCUCCUUCGACCACCAUCCCAUCUCUUUCUGCAGCGAUCAUUCCAAAACUUGGUGCUUUGGAAAAUGAACCCGAGGAAUCGGAGGAGGAACUGAUUGCCUGCCGGCAACAGUAUGACUGGCUCUCCGAGCUGGAUGAACAAGAGACUUUGGAUGCGCCUUCUGGUUCCGAGACAAUACGAGGUGCAGAUGUUUUUACUCGCCCGUCCAACCCCAGCGCUAUUCCAAGAUUGCAAGGGCCUUUCCGCUUCGAUACAGGUGACGAGCUUGAUGAUAUGGACCUCUGCGAUCUUCUUGUUAUUGCCGCCAGACUGAAUGUCGAGGAUCUUAUGAUGGGAGAGGAUGAAGAAUUAUCCGCGGACGCCGGAGACCAAGAUAAGCUUUCGGCGACGGUUGUUUCUCUGACUAGUGGGAAUGGCCGAGUCCAUGUUUGUCUGGAACUCGAUGGCGUCGAAGGGCAGUGGUUACCGAAGGCUAGAAAGAACGCAUUCCGAACUCCUCUUUCGGAGCCUUCUGAUUUGGUCUUAGUUGAAUCUCUGGAUACUGUGAAGAACGGCGAGCCAUCAACCACAUGGCCUACAUUCACUAGAGAUCUCCAUUCUGCAUACUCUUUCUUUGUCACUACUGCCACGAAAGUGGUAUUCCUAUCUCUGUCUGGUUGGGUUCAGAGACUUGAGGCUGAGUUGCAAGCCGAGGACACGGCUGGUUCUCCUUUCCGUCUUCAGGUUCUUUGCGAUGGGAAUGUGGCCAAGCGAGAGAAAAUCUUGCAGGUUUCUGAUGCCGAUAUCACAACACAGAACGAUCAUCUUGCCGCGUCUCUCGUCUUCUAUGACUUUGAUAUUGGCUACUUGCUUCUGACUCUUCACCCCUCCAACCCUUACGCGGUCAUCAUGGACACACCCGAAGAUCCUCUCUCCGUGGCAUUGGACAAAUCACUAUAUGAGCCCAAGGCAGUAGCGCCCAGCUUGCCUAUCUUGCCCCCGGCCCGAGCACCGUAUCAAAUCCCCGCCAUUUUCUAUGCCAACUCUCCACUGGACUCUUUCGUUGAGAAUCACGUCCCGCACCGCCAACGCCACACACUCAAGGAGCAAGUGCGCAUGUCUCCGGCGACAUUGGACCUUGUGGCCAAUGCUCAUCGUGUAUUGUCUGCCCAUACUAACGCUCUCGAGCGAGCAGCCUCGGAUCUCUUCCGCCGCUGUGAGCGGCUCCAGGGGGAAAUGCAAGAUCAAUUGAGGCAGCUCGCUGAUGUUGCCGAGCGUAUCAAGGGUGUCACAAGUGAGGUUGGGGCAGAUGGAAGUCACAAGGAGGGAGUUCGAAGCGGAGAAGCCCUCGAUAAGAGAUUGAAGGCCGCUCAAGAUAAGCAGAGUGAACUCAACCAACGAUAUGAGGCACUACGCACCAAGGUCUUGAACUCUGGAGGUCGUCCAUUAAGUGAAAGAGAAAGGGCUUGGAUAGCCGAGGUGCAGAAAUUGUCUGCAUUCUUACGGCAAGACAAGGCCCAAGAGGAGGAGCAACCACUGAUCUCGCGUUUGGACACUGUCAAACGCCUCGCUUCGGACCUUUUGGCCCAAACCAGGUCCAUUGCAAGCAAAAUGCCUUCUUCAGAAGUUGAAGCUCCGUCUUCUCCCGGGGGUCAACCUAAGGUGCCACAACGACUCCAACGUGCCAAAAUUGCAGACGCAAUGAGAAUGGUUGAACGAGAGUCUGCUGUUAUCGAUGCGAUUACCUCGCGCUUAGAACGACUGAACACAAGUCUGUAG